AUGUGUCUAAUUGUUUGCCUAGUACUUUUGAUCUUAAAAUGCCAGAUCGAAGCUUUCAAUUUGUCUCCGUAUGCGAAUCUAGUGAUAAACUUACCAAAGCAACCUGAGACCCACUUGAAACCAACUCGAAGUUCCUACUUUGGAUACACGCUCGUCAUCCGUCCCACCAGCAUCUUUGUGGGAGCUCCUCGGGCUCAGUCCACCUUGGAUUCGCAGAGCACCAUCAACGAAACUGGAGCGAUAUACAGGUGCUCCCUGACCGACGGUGACUGCAUUCCGUAUGUCCUGGAUGCCCGCGGAGAUGUCGAUGCGCCUGACAAUGGGUACACCUGGAACUCGGAAAGCAAGGACUACCAGUGGCUGGGCGGAUCCAUGGACGGGGGCACACGGGAUACGGAUAAGCUGCUCGUGUGUGCCCCCCGAUUUUACACCCCCAACCGCAAGGGAAACCAGCUGCAUGGAGCCUGCUACUGGGUCAGCGACACAGUGUCCCCAACUCCCCAGCAUGUGAUGCGAACCUCUCCACUCCGCUUGAAAUCUCAGCAACGGGCCGAUGAUGGAACAAGCUUUUUCUUUAUGGGCGAACUGGGACAGAGUACUCAUGUGACCGACGAUAACUCUGAGUUCCUGAUCGGAGCACCAGGUAUCGAUGACUGGAAGGGAUCGGUAGUUCUGUACCGGAAGAAUCAUCCUGUGGCCCUAAGACGCUUAAUGCGAGAUGUGGAUACCACAAACUACAAACCGGAUAACUAUUCACCCAAAAUCCUCCUACCCAGCCGUUGGGGCCAGAAAGCAAACUCUUACUUUGGCUAUGCCAUCAGCUCCGGCUACUUUGACAGUGCCAACCUGUCCAACCUCCUCUACGUGGCCACAGCUCCUCAAGCCAGCGAGGCAUUUAUAUUUAGUGACCAAGGAACAGGCAUCCGAAAGUUCUAUGAGUUCCACGGCGAGCAGUUGGGCGAAUAUUUCGGCUACUCUAUUUUGGCUGAGGAUCUUAAUGGAGACGGAAAAACGGAUGUUAUUAUUUCGGCUCCGCUAAACGCUCUGGGUGAUUCCCCAGAUGUUGGGGCCAUCUAUGUGUUUAUCAAUAAGGGUCUGUUCAGCUUUGAGCAGAAAAUUCUCCGGUCGUCAGUGAGCAGUAAGGCCCGUUUUGGAACUACUCUUUCGCGCCUGGGAGAUAUCAAUAACGACGGAUAUAACGACGUGGCCGUUGGAGCUCCCUUUGAAGGAAACGGAGCAGUGUUCAUCUACCUGGGCAGUGAGGAUGGAUUGCGGGAUCAGCCGAGUCAGCGACUAGAUUCUCCUCCCCAGCAAACUUCACAGUACGGAGCCCACAUGUUUGGACACGGACUCUCCCGCGGAUCGGACUUCGAUGGCAACGGAUACAAUGACUUCGCCAUCGGGGCCCCCAAUGCCGAGGCCGUGUAUCUGUAUAGCGCCUAUCCUGUCGUUAAGAUACAAGCCACAGUAAAGUCAGAAUCGAGGGAAAUCAAACCGGAGCAGGAAAAGUUUAAGAUCACCGCCUGCUACCAACUGAACUUCAUUGCGGAGAAAAAGGAAGUACAGGAGCAGAUGAUAGACAUCCGAAUUACGAUUGAUGAGCAACUGAAGAGGUUUAAGUUUGCCCUUAAUCAGGAUAUCGAGAUGUCAUUUAAUGCAAAGGCAGGACCCUUAGAGAAUUGCCCCAUAUUCGAUGUUCAAGUAAACAAUGGCGACAAGGAUAUAUUUGAGCCCAUCGUUUUGAAGAUCCAUUACGGGCUGGCCCAGACGGUCCCGAAAUCUGGGGGAUUCUGUGAAACCUGCGCGGUUGUUGAUCCGGCGGAUCCUAAGGUUUACACGGAGAAGAUCAGCUUCUGCACGGGUUGUGCCGCCGAUGUUUGUGUAGCGGAUUUGCAGUUGAAGAGCAUAGAUGUGAUCCCGAAUUAUAUUUUGGGUUCCACCGACAUCCUCCGUCUGAAAUACGAGGUCACCAGUGAGGGAGAGAACGCCUACGUGCCUCAAUUAAACGUGACCAGCUCUGCCCGACUGCCUUUCGCUCAGGUUCCGGGAAAUUGCAAGGUCACCAAAGCAGUUAUGUUAUGCGACCUGAACCACGGACGAAAGCUGGCCAAAGGCGACAGCGACUCCAUCACCAUCACCUUCGAUGUAAGCCAACUUAGUGGAGAUUCUCUGAUAAUCGACGCAGCAGUAUUCAGUGCGGGAUCCGAAAAGAAUCCCACGGACAACAAGCAAAGCAAUGUGAUCAGUCUGAGGGAGUUCACCGAGAUUGAUGCCAGUGGUGGUUCGGCAAAUGGUCAAGUUGUUCUUAACAGUUACCCUUACUCUGCGGAAAUCAUAAACAAUUACGAGUUCAAAAGCCGUGGACCCAGUAUUAUCGACCAGUUAACACUUGUUUUCCAUAUACCCAUCGCCUAUAAAUAUAAAGUAGCUGGUUCUUCAAAAAUUAUACCCAUCAUAAACAUAACCAGCUUGGAUAUGGACGCCACCUACGAUUCCCAUCUGUUAACGAUGAAGCUAUACGACCACAAGGGCUUACCCGUUGAGUAUUAUACCCAGAUCGGACUGGAUGAUGACCAGGCAACCACCAACCAAGGCCAAAAUGUCGGGUCCCACGAUCUGCAGAGCGAAGACUUUAAGGAAGAGCUGCCGGUGAAUCGCACCAUUGUGUUUAACUGCCGGGAUACCAACAUGACAAUCUGCGUCCAUGCUGAAAUGACUGUCAAAUUUAGGCCGGAUAAACCUAUUAACGUGAACAUAAGCUUUAAUGUGGAUUUAAGGGACAUGAAGCAGCCUUGGGAGUACUUUGUCAUUCAUACCGAUGUAGAUCUGGUCAAGGAGGGCGACCCAACAUCCAAGACGUUAGGGAUUAAACGAAAGUUUGAACCAAAUGUUAUAUUUAAGAAUCUGAAUCCUGGAAUGCCCAUCUGGUAUAUAAUUUUGUCCCUGAUCGGUGGCAUUUUGCUGCUCUCUGGUUUAACCUAUGUUCUUUACAAGCUUGGAUUCUUUAAACGCUUUAAAAGGGAGGAGCUAAAUAGGUUGCGGACGGCAGAAAAAUUCGAACACUUAUUGGACCCGGUACCAGACUAUGAUUGAUGUGAGCGAAAAAUAUUUACCGGAUACAUGUAUCAAUAUUGUGUAAAUGUCAAACAGUAUUGGC